CGCGCCUCCCGUCAAAAAUCGCCUCGCCGACGUCGACGUCGCGGCGGUCGAUUCCGGCACCGACGACGCCACGACACGACGCGACGCGACGCGCGACUGCGAGUACGGGUGCGAGUAUUGCGCGUCCGCACCUCGACUAGCGCGGUCGUGCCUGCACAGCCCCCGACGGAGUCUCGCAUUCUCAGCCACCGUUCUGCACCUCCGCGUUCAACGAUUUUUUGGCGCCAAACCUCGUCGACUGUCGACUGUCUCCCGCAGCGGGUCAUGAGGUCGGCCUGCGGCCGCCAAUAGUUCCGAUUGUUGACUGUUUUGUUGUUGUUGAUUGUUGAUUGUCUUGUGCCAAACCACGUGGUCCGAUCCGGGUCGUUGGAGUUCCGCCAGGAUGGACUGUUGCAAUUACAUGCCGUACAGACAGCCGUACUACGGUACCAACCAAUAUUACGAUCCGCUUGCGGUCUACCACGACGACUACUAUCACGGUCCGCCGCCAAUUUAUCCUGAGUAUUACGGGAACAGUCCCUACUAUCCGCAGCACUGGCAAUGCGCCCCGUUUCCAGAUUACGUGUACAACCCGAAGGAAGCACGCAUAAGAAAGGGAAUACGGGAAGCGACUCGCGACCGUUCAAUCGGGGCUUCCCCCAUGCUGCCCCGACCCAGCGCAAGGAGGGCGGCCAGCCUCAGCAACUGGGUACCAACACACGAUGAGUCCCUAAUAAUGUCUCCGUUAGGAAUGCGUCAAACAGGCAUGGACUCGCCAAUAUGUUUCCCGAUGUCGGGUCCGCCCGGAACAUCCGGAAACGGUGGCCAAUUUCUUCCGUCAUCGCAAUUAAACGGCGGCUACAACAAACUGGACGCGUCGAACCCGCAACCGCCUCCGCCGCCCACAUCUAACUCCCUACAUAACAAUUACAUGCAGCCAAACCCCAUUCUCCAACAACAAUCCGAGAUGUGGCACAGCUAUCAGGAGAGCAUAAGACCAAGAUCUUCAGGAAAUCCGUACAUGAUGCCGGACGUGCCGGCCCAAUACCAGCACCCGCGGUCGGAAGUGGCCACCCCGAUGAUGCUGAACAAGCACCACAGACAUUCGGUCGGCGGCAUCGCGAUGCCCCGCACCUCGCCCCACACCAACGAGAACGUGCCGCCGGACGAGUCGCGACGGCAGGACAAACCGGACGCCGGCUCCGGUUUCGAGUCGAAGCCGACGGAGGAGUCCGGGGCGGUCCAGCCGCUGAUGGAGAACGGGAACAUGCAGCAAACGGGCAUGGCCUGCGAACAGUUCAUGGGCGGCUCCUACGGCCAGAACAUGAGUCACGAGCAAGCAUCCUUCGAUAAUGUCGAGGACAUUAAAGUCCAGAAGGCUCACACUAACAAAUCCAAUUCCAUGUAUCUACCAUUGUCCUGUACCAAUUUCUGUGCCUCUCCUGACCUGUUCAGCAAUGACAACAACUACCACAAGGAAUUUAUUACCAAGUACUUUCAGGAUUUGCCAGAGUAUGAAGUUAUUAAUGUAGUGGGUGAAGAAGGUGUCAUGUUUUCAUAUGCCUCAUUCUCCAACAGUGAUUAUGAUUGGUUUGAUCCCGAGUGUGACAAUUCACGUGAUGUUUUAGACUUAAGCAUGUACCCCGAUAAAAACCUUUAAGUAAUGUAUUAAAAAAUUAUUUAAAAUUAAAAUGUGGUGUAUUAAGAAUAAACUUAAAAUGUAAUCAA